UCUGCCACAUCUGCUUUCCAUUGGGGUUCAUUCAGGAGAUAUCCCUACUUGGAGUUCACCAAAAUACAAGCUCUGGAAUUUCUCAGUUUAUUUAAAUUGUAAGCUAUUUCAUUCUCAUUCUGAAAUUGUAUUAUUUGUUGCUGAUAAAUCUUUGCGGCAAUCGCCAAACAUGGGAAAUGACGCGACAAUCAGGCGUGUUCAAAAUCGCCCGGGGAGUAUAUUUAAAGUUUUAUAGCGAUGGCGUCAUUUAAUAACGGGCAGAGGGAUGUAUUUAAUCUCGACAUCCCCUUGACGUGUUGUGUUAAUGUGUCGAGUGCGGCGACCAAACAGUAGCGUAGCGGCGCAGCUUUGUCACAAGUCUCUCACUCUAUGUAGCGAGCUGACGGACUGCGGCAGCUGCUUCAUCCCUCAGCUGCCCACUGCCGUAUUUUCCCUUUCCAAUUUGUCACAAAUUGCGUCUGCUCAAUCAUGCCAACAACAGUCGCGGACAGACCCCCAAGAACUCCCCCCCCCCCCCCCCCCCGCCCCUUUUCCGCUUCUAAUGCUGUCAGCACUUCGCAGAGACUCAUCAUUAUCACCUCAUAACACACCACUUUUGCGGGAAUACGCCAGCUAGUUCGUGAGGACAGUUCUUGCCUGUGCUUUAAGUUAUCAACAUCACCACAAGGCGAUGAGAUCGUAGAGGAAUGUCAAAUUUUGAGGGCCCCAACAUUACAGAAAACUGUUUUUGAAAUCCUGAAGAAUGAAGAUGUAUGUAUUUUAGGGCUCCACUACCCAAAACUCCCUCAGUAUUACUCCCCUGAAAAGUAAAAAAAACACAAAAAUGUCAUCCAUUUUAUCUGUUUCACUAAUAAACACACUUAGGUGGUCAAGCUUAUCAUAAGAGGAAUGAUGGAAAAAGUUUGGAAGAGUCAGGACUAAAUAUGAUGCUGCCUGCCCAACGAUGAACAUGCCUGACUCGACUCGCUUUCUUCCCCAUACUGUAUGUCAGCAACUGAACUCGGAAACCUUCUGGAAGUGCAUCACAUUCAAAUCACAUGUGACCGUUCAACCAAGAGAGAGGCAAAGCUCCUGUACAGUACAAAUAAUUCAUCACGUCCACAUGUGAUCUGCCGUUAAAGGCAGUGUGGAGGACGGGUGACCCCCGUAGCGCGCCUUUAACCUUCGAGCCCAGUUCCCGUUCGCCAAAGCGCUUCUUUAAUCAAUGCGGUUUUAUUGAUCACUCGUCCCUCGGAGGAAGGGACGUGGCAGGGAAAUCAAUUACACGUACGCAUUGCAUAAUCAAAUUUCUGAAAAGCGCUUGGCUAAGGGGAAAUGUUCACCUCACCCCCCCUACACCCACGCAGCAGAUCUGCGGGGAAAUAUCAUUGCUUUAUGGAACAAUAUUCACAUGAGGGAGAGUGAGCGAGAGGCCGAUAUGUCAGCGUCGCUAAUCAUCCGGGAGAUAAUAAGGGAUGCAUAAUUUAAUAUUUCUAUUUAUUCAUUGAAGAGGCGGGAGUAAGGGCAGAUCAUUAUGCUUUCAUAAGUGGAGGAUAAAGCGGGUUUUGAUUACAUGGCGGAGGCGUGCAGGUGCGUCCGGUUGGCUCCCCUGUUCGCUUGUUCAAGAAGGAACGGUAGGACUGUCAUCUUGGUCCAGAGGCAAUUAAGGCCAUCUGGAGCGCAGUGUGCUGGCGGUGUCAGAAAGUUUUGUUUGGGAGCCCUGAAACUGGAUAAAGACCCAAUAAAUGAACAUUUCACCUACUGUGAGAAACAGAGGAAGGAGGCUCAGUUGGGUUUCUGGGGCUGCUUUGCUCCAUCUGGCAUAAAAUGUCUUGAAUCUAGGAAGGAAACUCUCAAGCUCAUCGAGAACAUUCUGAAGUUAAAAGUGAUGGCAUAUAUGCUAUAUUUCAAAUAAUAAUAAUCAGAGGAUCAGGUUAAACAAAAACAUCAAAUAAAUGGAGGUUUCCACAAAAUAAUCCAAAAACUGCAAAUUCCAAACCACAAAUGUGCAGGAGUCUGAUGGACCCUCGCCUAAUGAAGUUGAAACCUUAUAUGUAUUCCAAAACACUUUAAUAUCAUUUCAAACUCAUUUAACAAUAUUAACCAUAGAAAAUAGCUUUCAAAUUUGAUUUAAAAGUUAAAGGAUGUUUGGGUGUAUGUUGUGAUUUAGGAAGCAAUAAACAAGGUAAGUACUACUUUCUUAUUUGCCAUUUUAUAUUUUUUUACUCAGUGAUACAUACCCACAUUUGUUUGAUGAAUGCAUAUACAUUUUUUUUUUUUUUUUUUGCAACUAUAAGCAGAAAAGCAAAAGGAUGCACCGUGGUUCUCUGUACAAAUGUACUUUUUCAAGUCCUAAAAGCUGCCGAUUCAUCAAGUUUGUCAUGUGGAAAGUCUGCCGUACAGUAUAGAGAGUAGCGAUCAACAGUGCGUGCGUCCGCGCCGGCUCCCACAGUGCUGACUUCCCACACAAAUCAGCGUUUACGCAACGGUGUGCACCACCCUCCCCGCCUGGAAGCUGCGCGAUCUGCCUGCCGGUGGCCAGUUCGUUAGUUCACCUCUCGGCGGGGAGGUGCUGCAGCCGCUCUCCUCUGCUCCCUGCUGUCUGUAAACACUCCAGCUGGACGCUUCGCCCCGGGCACUCGCCUCCCUGCCUUCUUUUUACGCAAGUGGUCGCAACAAGCGGGCGCUCGCCAAUGGAGGCGGGACUCUCUUAGUUUUUCUCUCUUUGGGCAACGAUGGAGCGUUAGGAGGAAGACGUUUCCGACGGCACGCACACCGGACUCGACAACAUGCGGGGCGCAGGGUCUUUGCGCCGUGCCUGUGGAUCGCUGUCGUCCGUGGAUGCUUGACUGUACGCCGAGGAGGAGGACGAGUGGAGCAGGAGAGGCGUCCCGCCUCGAUGGAAGGACUUCGUAUGGACAAAUGUGAACGAACUUGGCAAGGCAUGGAGAGACUUGUCUUAAAAGGACCCAGCGCCUGUCUUUAGGCUCAUUUUGGUGAACUUUUUGAAACCGUCACUAGGCUUUUGGGUCUUCUCCGUUGCUAUGGCCGAGAUGUUAGGACCUGCCGGGUUCAAGCCCGCCCCCGUCCUAGCCCUUCCCUCCGUGCCGCCGGAACCCAUCGAGAUUAUCCGCACUAAAGCCCGUUCGCGCCGGGUCCGGCUGAAUGUCGGCGGCCUAAACCACGAGGUCCUGUGGCGGACUCUGGACAGGCUGCCGAGGACCCGCCUCGGCAAGCUGCGGGACUGCAACACCCAUGAGUCCCUGAUGGAGGUGUGCGACGACUACAGCCUGAACGAGAACGAGUACUUCUUCGACCGCCACCCAGGGGCUUUCACGUCUAUCCUGAAUUUUUACCGCACGGGCAAGCUGCACAUGAUGGAGGAAAUGUGUGCCCUUUCUUUCGGCCAGGAGUUGGACUUCUGGGGGAUUGAUGAGAUCUACCUGGAAUCCUGCUGCCAGGCCCGCUACCACCAGAAAAAGGAGCAGAUGAACGAGGAACUGCGAAGGGAGGCCGAGACCAUGAGGGAACGUGAGGGUGAUGGCGAGUUCGACAACACUUGCUGCCCAGAUAAGAGGAAGAAGCUGUGGGAUCUCCUGGAGAAGCCUGGCUCCUCUGUGGCUGCCAAGAUUCUAGCCAUCAUAUCCAUCCUGUUCAUCGUCCUCUCCACCAUCGCGCUGUCGCUCAACACCUUACCAGACCUCCAGGUGGCGGACGAGUUCGGCCAGCCCAACGACAACCCUCAGCUGGCGCACGUGGAAGCCGUGUGCAUCGCUUGGUUCACCAUGGAGUACCUGUUGCGCUUCCUCUCCUCCCCCAACAAGUGGAAGUUCUUCAAGGGCCCACUCAACAUUAUCGACCUGUUGGCAAUCCUCCCCUACUACGUCACCAUCUUCCUGACCGAGUCCAACAAGAGUGUCCUCAAGUUCCAGAACGUGCGGCGUGUGGUGCAGAUCUUCCGGAUCAUGAGGAUACUGAGGAUCCUCAAGUUGGCCCGGCACUCCACGGGGCUUCAAUCUCUGGGUUUCACUUUAAGACGCAGCUACAACGAGCUGGGAUUACUCAUUUUGUUCCUCGCCAUGGGUAUCAUGAUCUUCUCCAGCUUGGUCUUCUUCGCCGAGAAGGACGAGGACGCCACCAAGUUCACCAGCAUCCCCGCCUCGUUCUGGUGGGCCACAAUUACCAUGACCACUGUGGGCUACGGGGACAUUUACCCGCAGACGUUACCCGGAAAGAUCGUCGGGGGUCUUUGCUGCAUCGCAGGGGUGCUGGUCAUCGCACUGCCCAUUCCCAUCAUCGUCAACAACUUCUCUGAGUUCUACAAGGAGCAGAAGAGGCAGGAGAAGGCAAUCAAGAGGCGGGAGGCAUUGGAGAGAGCCAAGCGCAACGGUAGCAUCGUGUCCAUGAACCUCAAAGACGCCUUCGCCCGGAGUAUGGAGCUCAUGGACGUCGUGGUCGAUAAAGGAGAGGAUAGAACUUCCCUGGACAACCACCACCUGUCACCGCGCCGCUGGGGAGGAUCCACCAGGUCGGCCACCUCGGAAAGCAACCUCAAGUUGCCAGAUAAGAGGACCCCCGAGAAAGCAGUGGGUGCGCCGAAUUCCCCCCACCGGAUCACCAUCACCACCACCGGGAGUCCGCAGUGGAGAAGUAGAACCCCGCAGCACCUCAACGUCCAGAACCUGGAGGAGCUGUACAACCAGAUGACCAAGUCGCAGUCCUUCACCAACAUCAACACGACCAGCUCUAUGAGCACGCUGAGCACCACCGUUGCAGGCCCGGGCUCACCUAAACAGUCCCACAGCCCCGACGCCACAAUGAAGGAAGAGGUCGAGAUGAAAGAGGUGGAUGGAGACAAGGUCAGACACCUCCAGGUCCCUUCGCCCCUCCAUUUUACCUCGGUUCAGCUUUCCAAAGACAACAUCCUUAAAGACGGCUUCUAUCAGUCUGUCAACCGGGCUGACGGUUCAGAACUUCAUAUAAAUGAAGGCGAGAGUUUCAGUAGCGCCGUAGAGAACGUGCAAAAAUCUCUUCGCGGGAACCACCCUCUCAAAAUCAAAGUGGGAAAGACAUCCACAGAAGGCCCCCCCACGCCGCCCAGCACCACGUCUCCUGGAGACAUCAGCUCCAGCAUCUUGGAGGAACAGUCCCCAGAGGGGGAGACGUCGCCUCUUAUGGCCAGCUCAGAGGCUCUGAUCCCGCCCGAGGAGGACGACCACGAGGCAGAGGAGGCCGGCCCAUUGGUGGACACCCCGCCAGGCGACGAGGGCCCGUCCUCGGAGGACCGCCUCAUGGAUGUGGCCGGUGCUACAGGCGUGCCCCGAUCCCCCAGGAGCACGACACAAAACUGCAGCCAGGGCGGGGCGGUGGCCGGCGACGGGGAGGCCGACCAAAACGGACACAAAGUGGAGAACCACAUUUUCACGCCUGACAUCCACCUGAUACCCGGAGACAGCGGGCUCUCGCCCACCUGUGAGACGAGCAUGUGACUGCGAGGUCGGCCCUCGAAAGAUGGUUUUGCAUGGCAUCGCAAGUCCCAAUUCCCGGUGUUGUCGUGUAUGGCCCUGAAAAUGAGCCGCCGUCCGGGAGGAGUCCGUCCACCGAUUGGUCCACCGGCGGAAACACUUUCCCCUUGUACAUAAAACACUUUUGGGGGGGAAUAAAAUUCCUUUUCCAAUGCACAGAUGAACUGAUCUGUAAACGAGCAUGCUUUUCAAUAAAAGACUCAUCUUUUCCGGUGCUUUGUUUGCGAUGUAAAUAUUUGGACAUGAAAGGCAAUGACAUUGCACGCGAAAAAAAGAAAAACAAAGUACCGUUGAUUAGCAAUGUGAAAAACGGCAGAACAACCAUUGUAGCGACCUAUUUAUUGAAAAUAACAUAUCAUUCGUUACCUUUUGUGGAAAAUGCAAAGUGUUCCCACGAUGAUCCUGUCAUUUGUUUUCCGUGUCAUGUGUGUGUAAAGUUUCAGUUCUGAUAAUUCAAUCAACGAGUUGGCAAAAGAGCAAUCCGGUGUUGGAAAUCAAAAUAUAUCAAAACUACAUUCAUUGUAACAGACAACAUCAACGUGAGCACAGUUGCAGGUUGUGAGUUUGAGUCUAAAAAAAAAAAAAAAAAAAGACCUAACAGAUGCAAAUAACAGAAAUGAUUCCGCAAUUCCCGCGCACCUGGUUAUAAGCCUCACACAGUACAUUUGUAAAGGAAAUACCAUUUGGUACUUAGAUAGGCCACAGCUGUGUAAAAGCCGCAAGUGCCCACAUUGAAACCCGAGAUAUUUACAAAUAGCGACGGUACGCAGAGUUUAACGCUAGCGCCGCUGCACUAACAGGGCCGGUUAAAAAAAAAAAAAACAUACUGGUAAAAAUCAGUGAGACGGCAGUAACACGCUACCGCAGCGCUAACGGGGCCGGAUCGGUUAAAGUCACUUCCUCGGCACAUAUAUUCCACCGGUCUCACUCUUACCUUUUCCGCUCGACUGCCCCCUUGUGGCCGUUAGAAAAAAAUGCACAAAUUAUUAUUAUAGGUAUAUAUAAAAAAAAAAAAUACAAAGUGUGAUGAAAAUCUGAUUUGCACACCUCCCACCCCCAAAUACGGUUUUAUCUUCUCAUGCAAACAAAAUUUACCACCUGGAUUAAGCACCAUCAAAAAAUGUAUUAAAAAAAACAAAACAAAAUAAGACUCGUACUAGUCAUGCACAUCCUUUUAUUGCCGGAAAUAAAUCUCAUGUACUCUCUUCUGUGUAUUUAGCUUUGGAAAUUUAUUGUUAAAUAAAUAAAUGAAAAAAAGUUUAGCGUUAAAUAAAAUAGUUCUAGAUUGGUUAUAGGAUUUUUCGACACUAUUCAAUAAUUUAACAGUAGAUUGAGAGCCAUAAAACGCGAUCAUUACUCAGACUAUAAAUGACGCCGCCUAUAUGCUUUACAGUAUAAAUGAAUCUAGUUUGCCGAUUGAAGUAUGAAAUAUUCCUUUAGAUAUCAGCGUGGACCAAACCAAGCGCACAGAUGAGCUGGCAUCUAAUCCACUAAUGGAGUAAAAUAUAUGAAUUGUCAUUACGACGGCGUAGCUGCAGUUUUUCUGUGUGAUUGAUUGAUCCAUUUUCAAAUAGUAAUUGGGGGGGUUGAAACAUCUUCUGCUUGGCUUAAUUAUGAAAUAUUAAUGUUUACUGAUUUCUCCCCCCUCCCAUCUACAAACUUUUUCGCACCUUGAUAUUUAAUCAAAUUGAUCCGUAAAUUCUGUUCCGGAGACAUUUUUUAGCGUCCGAAUAAUUGAGUUUUUUCUGUGUUUAAAUUUAUAAUUUUUUGCUUUUUUUUUUUACACUGACGAGAGACCAUCUCUCGUUGCCUUUGAAUUCCAAUUUAUGGGUGGAAUAUUAUUAUUUUUUUGGGUCAUGUGGCUGGCUGAGUGUACCAAAUGCAUGUUUGUAAUUUGUCUUUUUAAUUUAUUAGAAACUUUUUUUUAUCACGAAGAUAGAGGACGAGAGAAAGACGCGCACAAAGUACAAUAUGUAUUGUGUAAUGUGACGUAUAUUAUCUAAUAUAUUUACAGUGUCGACUACUGCAAAAACUAUGCAGGCCAAGAAUUGUGGCACUUUAUUUUCUUCCGUCUGGGGGGAAAUUUCUAGUGUACAGACAGACAAAUGACUGUAUUUUUCCAACGUUUUAUCGUGAAUAUGAGGCAAAAACGACUGCGCAAAAAGACAAUUUCACGGCGGUGCAAUUGAAAAUUUUAUGUUUUAUUUUGUUUCUGAUUUUUUAUUUCAUACGGCUCGCAUCUCAAUAAAUUGCAAAGUCACGGAAAAACGUUUUUUUUUAUGGUAGUUUGGUUCUAAAAGUGAAGUUUCUAUAUUAUAUUAACCGGUUACACACAGAGGUAAAUGUAGUCAUUAUUUUUUGUAAUUAAGAAUUUUUUUUGUACAAUUUUGCAACUUGGUUGAACAUAUUUUUUUUUAGUUUUUUUAUUUUAUUUUACAAAAGCAAUCAAUUAUUUUUAUAAAAAUUGGCCUCCAUGAAACAAUUUUCCGUGUGUAAUGAGUCUGUAUGGUAUAUGAAUUUCACUUUUUGAACUUAAUUACUGUACAUGUACUGCAAUGCUACACGUGAUCCAAAUUGGGACAAAUGAGGAUUCUAAAAUAGACAAAAAUCCAUUUGUGUUUUAUUUUAGGUGUUUUUUCCCCCAUGUGGAGAAAAAUAUAUAUUUUUUCUAUUAAAAAUAAGUCUCAAAACGGCACAUGACCACAGCUUUGAUGACGCACGCCUUUUCAUAACCACUUAUGAGAAGGCGGCGUAUGAUAUUUGCGUUCUUGAUGUAAUAUACGUAUAUAUUAUAUAUAUAUGUAGAGAGAGAGGCGCUGUACAGAAAUUCUAAUUUUAUAGCAGAAAUCAGGUCUUUAUGUAAUGAUACAAUUAAUGCUAUUGAGUUCUCAGGUUUUCUACAACUCUGGAUGUUUGUUUUUUGCUUUUCUUCUUCUUUCCUCCUCCCGUCUAACGAUUCACAUCAAAGAAAUCCACAUUGACGUCUAACUGAAGACCGCCCGAGCGCUUCCGACCUCACCGCGCACCCCCUUGGGAGUGCCGAUCGGUGGGGGGGCAUUGAAUAGAGGAUCCUCCCACGUGUGUUGCAUCCAACUUUCCGUGUGCGUUUUUGCGUGUGGCGGGGGCUACAGUGGAGUAGCGUGGUUUGUCAUUUGUCCCUUCAGGGCCACCACACCUGACGGGUCGCUAUGCAAUAUUGCAACCGCAUCACUUAAAAAAAUGUUUUUGGCUGACUCUUCAUGGGGGUAGCAAAACAAGCUCAGUAAAAAAAAAAAAAUGUGACCCCCAUCCCCACCCUUCCCCAAAAUAAAUAUAAAAAUGAAAGCAUAUAUAUCCCUUUCGGGCGGCACGGUGCAUCAGCUGGUAAAGCGUCGGCCUCACAGUUCUGAUGACCCGAAUUCCAUCCUGGCCCCGCCUGUGUGGAGUUUGCAUGUUCUCCCCGUGCCUCCCACAUCCCAAAAAUAUGCAAAAUUAAUUGGACAUUCUAAAUAGCCCCGAGGUGGGAUUGUGAGUGCGACUGUCUCCAUGUGCCCUGCGAUUGGCCGGCGACCAGUUCAGGGUCUGCCCCGCCUCAUGCCCGUUGUCGGCUGGGAUAGGCUCCAGCACUCCCUGCGACCCUCGUGAUGAUGAGCGGCAAAUAAAAUGGAUGGAUGGAAAGCAUCUACCCCUUUCAUACUUACCCUUCCAAAUAUUGCACCCCCACAAAGUGUUGCACUUUCAACGUAUUACCAAAACAGGCCGCGAGAGGGUGCUAUAAUCCCCACCACGCAUGCAUUUAGUCACUUAUCACAGCUUUCACAAUGAUAAACACUAAUUUUUGUUGUUUUGUUUUUUUUUUAACUCGUUUAAGGCCACGGUAGCUUGGACCGUAACAUUCCCACGCUCCGCCACUGCCCAUGUCUGAGAUGACUCCUUUUCCUCCUUCCCAUUUGGGUGAUUAUUAUUAUUGUACAUAGUUUGUGUCUUUUCUGUUCUCUGAGGUAACGGGAUGGCCCCUGAUUGCACCCAAACACACACACACACACGCCCAGUUUCUGUACAAAGUGACAUCUUUGUAUGCAUGUUGUGCGAUGUGGUCACAGAACACUUUUGUUGUCGUGUCUCCGCGUUCCCCCACCAUCGAUAAGUCUAUGAGCAUAUGCAGAAUAACGAAUAAAUGUACAUAUAUCAACUGG